GCGCGUCGUGGUGAGCGCACGUCGCUUAUGUACAAACAGCGGCAAAAGUUUGUGUGCGGUAUUGUGUCUAUGUGCAUAUGAACGAGGAUGUGAGUGUAUGAGAUGGUGUCACCAACGCAAAAGAUGUGCUCGUUAAGUGCGCAGACAGUCAGUGCCAACAGUGUGAUAAUGAAAGAGAGCUAAUUUCGACCACGACGUCGAACCAGACGGAGUGGCCGGCGCCCCCGCCCAGCGAUGGUAUGGACUUUAUACUGGGCAACGGGAGCGAGGGGUGGAACGGGACCCUGGGGGAGGACGUGUUCCCCGAGCGGGACCUGUACAACUUCUGGGCGUGGAGCAUUGUGGACGGCGCGCUCAUGGUGCUCAUCGUGAGCGGCAACACACUGACGGUGCUGGCCGUGACCACGAGCCGCCGCCUGUCCUCGCUCGUCUCCAACCAGUUCGUGCUCAACCUGGCCAUCUCGGACCUGAUGGUGGGACUGACGCUGCCCUACCACCUCGUCUUCUACCUGGACGACGACUUCGGCAAGAUCAAGUGGUCCUGCCUCAUGAGGUUCAUCCUCAUCAUCCUCGCCUGCCUCGCCUCCAUAUACAACAUCAUCGCGAUCGCCGUCGACAGAUACAUAGCCAUAGUGCACCCGCUGCACUACAGCCGUUAUAUGACGAAGGUGAUCACGAGGCUGCUGAUGAGCACCACGUGGUCGGUGGCGGUGUGCAUCAGCUGCAUUCCGCUGUUCUGGAACGACUGGCACGACGGAGUCUCGUGCGAGAUGAACAUGGUGGUGCCUAAAACAUACACAACGAGCAUCCUUGCGCCGAUGUUCUCUCUCAUCUGGAUGGUGAUGUUCGUGCUGUACUGGCGUAUCUGGCGGGAGGCGACCUGCCACGCGCGACGCCUGCGAGCCAACACCUGCUGCCCUUCCGGGGCUAACGAUUGGAAGAGCAUACAGGUGGUGCUCCUGGUAUUGGGGUCGUUCUCCAUCUGCUGGAUGCCGUUCGUGGUGGUAGCGUGCGCGCAGACGCUGCCGGUAGUGACGCUGCGCAGCCCCGUCGCCUACCGCCUCACGUCCUCCCUCGCCAUGUCCAACUCCGGCAUCAACCCGCUCAUCUACGCGUGGAAGAACGCCGGCUUCCGCGCCGCCUUCGCGAAGCUGCUGCGGUGCAAGCGCCCCGACACCUCCGAGUACCGGGGGUCCCCCGCGCCCGAGAGGAAGAGGGGUUCGGUGGCCCUGCGCGAGGGGUCCAUCUCGCGGACGACCCCCACCAGCCUGGCCGGGGGGCGGCCUGCGCGGCUGCUGUACGUGGAGCGGGAGGACUCGCCCCGCUGCCGCAUCAUCGAGAACGCGGGCUACGUGGAGUCCGAGCAGGGGGAGUGCGGGGGAGUGGGGGGAGGGGACGCGAACCCCUCGUUCGCGCCCGACCACCCCGCGCCGGUGCACCGCCCGCGCGCCGAUGUAGUGUAGUGUUACAUAAGACUCUCCGUGGGAAACACAAACGCUUCUAGGUAUAAUCGUCGACGAGUAUAGGUCUCGUCUCUGUUAGAUUCUACGCUCAAGUUUGUAAAGCUUUACUGUUGAACGUUUUAUUAUGAGAUUCUAUUGUGUUCUCCGCGUUGUAAAUUUUAUUAUAUCUGUCAUCGAUUUGAGAUA